GAAAUUUCGUGGCUGCUCGUCCUCCGGCUCGUAUGAACGCGGUAGGAAUGUGUCGGGGAAAGGCUGCAGGAUGAAGCCGGACUGCGGUGUCGCCGUCCAGAAGGUAAAUCUCCUGUGAUGCCGAUUCGCCGAGCUGCAGCCACUCCGACCCAGGAGAAGGCCCCCUCCUCAGGAGCAGAGAAAGAGCCUGAAGCCUCCUCAGAAGAGUCGCCCUCUGCUGACGAGGAGCAGGUUGCAUCUUCGGCCGCAGCAGCCGAGGGCGAGACAGCAGGCGACGCGGAGCCCACCGAGAAUGGUGAGAAGGCCGACGAAGGAGCCGCUGCAGAGAAGGAAGGGGAAGGCACAGAGAAGAAAGAUGACAAAUGCAAGGACUGCGCGGCUGGACAGUGCGCAACACACUGCUAUGUUCUCCUACUAAGGUUGAAGGACGGCUACAAGUAUGAGAAAUCCAAAGUGAAGAAGGUGAAAAGGACGAUUCCUGCGUGGGCUAGUGUCACCGCCAGCAAAAAGGUUCCCGUUACCAACUUUGCAGGCACUCAGAACAAAGUGGAUAACAUCCUCAUUGAAGCUAUCACGUCUUGUAAUGACAGAUCGGGGGUUUCAUACCAGUCGGUCAUGAAAUAUAUUGUGAAAAAAUACCCGGGGAUGGAGCUUGACAGGAAGAAGUUCCUUAUCAAAAAAGCAAUGAAGAAACACAUAGAGAAGGGCACUAUCAAACAGCUAAAGGGGAAAGGCCUUUCAGGAACCUUCACCAUUGGGAAGCAGACUCCCUUGACUAAGAAAGCCGCUCAGAAGCAGGAGUCUCUGGGAGACGCUCUUCCUCUCAUCAUCACUCGGCUCUGUGAGCCCAAAGAGGCCUCGUACAACUUGAUCAAGAAAUACCUGGAGCAGCACUUCCCCAGCCUCAACAUCGAAAGCAGGCCAGAAGUCCUGAAGUCAGCGCUGGUGAAAGCAGUAGAAAAAGGACAUCUGGAGCAAAUCACUGGGAAAGGAGCCAGAGGGACGUUUCAGCUCAAACGCACCGGCAACAAAGUCCUGCUGAAGGGCGGCGCCUUAGAAGACGCCAUCACAGCCGCUAUCACAGCCAUGAAUGAACCUAAAACCUGCAGCACCACAACUCUACGCAGAUAUCUAGUAGAUGCCAACAAGGACAGAAAGGAGUACCAGUUAGGUAAGACUCCCGUUCUCUCUUUCUCUUUCUCUGCUUACACAUCUUACAUGUUCCUCACUUAG